CCACGGCGAGGCGGAGAGAAAGGGAGGAAAAUGGCUGGUGCAUUUUGGGGUUCGAGCGUGCUGGAGAUUGUGAAGAAGCAUGAUUCGGGAGGCCUGGUGUGGAAGAGAAUAAAGCUCACCUCUACUCGUAAAGCCAAUGCUAAGAAACGUCUUCAUCGAGUUUGGCAGAAUGAAGCUGUCUUAAAGGCGUGUGCUGAAGAAACUCCAUCAACAACCACUUCCGAUGGUGCCAUUAAAGGUGCUGAAAACAUUGCGAAGGGAAACUGAGUUGAAGGGCCUAUGUUGUUGGACAACAAAAAGCCAGUCUGUAGGUUGUAUCAUUGAUAUUUUAGGAUUCAGACAUCAAAAUAUAUGGCUGCAUGCUAUUCUCCAUUGCAGCAGUUGAGCUCUCGUUUGAAUUUUACAGAAAAGAGCUUUAGAAUAGUAUCGUUACGGAACAUCCUACAUUUUUGCUUGCACAUGUCUCUCUAAUUGGGACUGUUACCGAUUGCAUGAAAAAUGAGUAUGGCAGUGCCCCAUUAAGUAUAUGCGGUUUUCUUCUGGUUUUGAAUGCGACUUAUUGAAGAACAUUGCUUACUGGUGGAAGAAACAAGAUUGGAUCUAAUAUUUUACGUGUAGUCAAA